AUGUUUUUACCUCAUAUGAACCACCUGACAUUGGAACAGACUUUCUUUUCACAAGUGCUGCCAAAGACGGUGAAAUUAUUUGAUGAUAUGAUGUAUGAGUUAACCAAUCAAGCCAGAGAACUAACAAGCCAAAACUUAGAAAUCCAGUCCACUCUAAGGAAUAUUUUACAGACAAUGGUGCAGCUUUUAGGAGCUCUUGCAGGAUGUGUUCAGCAUGUCUGUGCCACACAGGAGUCCAUCGUUCUAGAAAAUAUUCAGAGCCUCCCCUCCUCAGUCCUACAUGUGAUCAGAAGUACCUUUGUACAUUGUAAGAAUAGUGAAUCUGUCUAUUCUGGGCGCUUGCACCUCGUUUCAGACCUUCUCCAGGCUCUCUUCAAGGAGGCCUAUUCUCUUCAGAAGCAGCUAAUGGAACUGCUGGAUAUGGUCUGCAUGGACCCUGGAGUUGAUGAGAAUGAUGACAUUUUGAAUAUGGUACUUGUUAUUCAUUCAUUGUUGGACAUCUGCUCUGUUAUUUCCAGUAUGGACCAUGCAUUUCAUGCAAAUACUUGGAAAUUUAUAAUUAAGCAGAGCCUUAAGCACCAGUCCGUUAUAAAGAGUCAGCUGAGACACAAAGAAAUCAUCACCAGCUUGUGUGAAGACAUUCUGUGCUCCUUCCAGUCUUGUUUACAGUUAGCAGAGCAGAUGGCCCAGUCAAAGGCACAGGAUACUACUGACAACAGGUUAUUUCAGAAAACACUCAAAUUGUGUCGUUUCCUUGCCAACUCUCUUCUACACUAUACUAAGGAAUUUCUACCUUUCCUCUCUGAUUCUUGCUGUACAUUGCACCAGCUUUAUCUGCAGAUACACAGCAAGUUUCCUCCCAGCCUGUAUGCUUCCGGGAUCUCUCAUGCCCAGCAGGAGGAGAUAGCUGGCACUUUCCUAGUCACCCUGGAUCCACUCAUCACUCAGCUGCUCACCUUCCAGCCUUUUGUGCACGUGGUUUUGGACAGUAAAUUAGAGCUGCCAUGCGAACUACAGUUCCCGCAGUGUCUCCUGCUGGUUGUCAUCAUGGAUAAGCUGCCCGCUCAGCCCCUGGACGUGCAGACCCUGUGGUGCACCGGGAGCCAGGCGUCGGGACCCGCGUCCAGGGUAUCUCUACUCACAGCCAUUUUCAGCAGUUUUGAGCAGUGUUCUGGUGAACUCUCUCUCCCUGUUCAUUUACAGGGAGUGAAGGGGAAAGGGCAAGUGGAGGUUGCCGUCCCCUUGUAUCAGCAUGUCUGUGUUCAUCUGUGCACAUUUAUCACUUCCUUCCAUCCCUCCCUGUUUCCCGAACUGGAUGCCGCUCUGCUGAGCGCAGUGCUCAGUGCCAACAUGAUCUCCUCCUUGUUAGCGAUGGACGCCUGGUGCUUCCUUGCUCGAUACGGGACCGCUGAGCUCUGUGCGCACCAUGUCUCCAUAGUGGCUCACCUGGUGGAGUUUAUCCAGAAAUUUUCCCCCAAAGAAGCGGAAAAUCUGCCUCUGUGGCAAUAUAUUUCUUUCCAGGCUUUCCCCGCUGAGCUGAGGAAGCAAACUGCUCAUGAGGUGGUCAGCGUGGGCGUGGCCCAGGGCAGGAGGUGGCUCGGUGGCAGUCGCACUGUGGGGGAACUCGAGUGGCUGAACACUGCGCUCUCUGCUUUGCUUGCUGCGAAUAAUUCUGCGAGCGAAGCUCUGGAUAUUGGACAACAAACUGCAGUUAUGGAAGCCGGAAGUCAGCUUUGGGCUUUUCUAAACACUAAUCUGGUAACAGGUCAACCUUAUGUUCAACAGACACUCAGUCUUUUGUUUCCACUGUUGGGAUUUUUCAUUCAAACUCUAGAUCCUCAGCUGAUCAGUCAGGUAGUAACUCUGCAGGCCUCACUUCUGAAAUUAGAGCCACCAGACCAUGUUCGCUUGGCAGUCCUUGACUUUGUGUCCUCUCUCGGAAAACUUUUCAUAUCUCCAGCUAUCCAGGACAAAAUUGUGCCCAGUCUGUGUUCCGUUUUUGCUCUGCUGCUGGCCGACAGGAACUGGCUAUUAGAACAACAUGCCUUGGAGGCAUUUACUCAGUUUGCAGAGGAAACAAGUAAUGAAGAGAUAGUCCCCAAGUGCCUUAGUUCUGAAGAAACUAAGAACAAAGUGGUAAACUUUCUGGAGAAGACGGGAUUGGCAGACGAGACGGGAGCUGCCAGAGUGGAGCGUGUGAAACAGGAAAAGGGGAUUUUCUGGGGAUCUUUGCCAACAGUCAUGUUAGAAGAAGCAAAGUGGUCAUCCUUACAGCCUUGUGCUAAGAGAGCCCGUCUGGAGGCCCCCGCGGAGGAGGAGUACCGGUCAGCGCUGCAGGCCGCAGCCGGGGCCCUGGAGGCCGUCGGGCUGCUGCUCCGGAAGUCCGCGGCUCCUCGCUGGCUUCCCGCAGAAAUGCAGCUGCUCCAGGAGAAGCUGGACGAGCUGAAGGCCAUGGGCUCCGGAUGA